CCUCAAAAGCGCAGCAGCAGCAACAACAACUCAAGUAGUCACGGCAUUCAAAUCAAGCAGACAACAACAACAACAACAACAACAGCACAGGUUGUGAAGAAGCGACAACGCAGCAACUUGCCGAAGCCUGUCACGGCCAUCCUAAAGACUUGGUUGACGGAACACAAGGAGCAUCCUUAUCCGAACGAAGACGAAAAGAUUGCGCUUGUCAAGAAAACCGGUUUGGCACGGAAUCAGAUUUCCAACUGGUUUAUCAAUGCAAGACGGCGGAUUCUGAGGCCCAUGCUGGCGGAUGAAGUGCUGCCGGACGACCAUGAUGAUGAAGACUAUGAAGACCAUCAUCAUCAACACCACCAUCAUCAUCAUCAGGAUUAUGACGGGUUCGCUGCUUCUUCCUCAUACAAUAAUAAUACUACCACUACUACUACUAGACGUGCAAGCCGGACUACCAGUACUACGAGUUAGUCUUCUUCUUCUUCUUCUUUACCCGGCGACAAAACCCUUUCUCUUUUGCGUACGUUUUUUUUCCCCACUUGCACCCUUCGAUAUCAUAACGUAUAUACAUUCUCUCUCUCUCUCUAUCUUCAUCUUUAUAUAUAUAUACACACACAUAUCUGUCAUAUCUUAUAUAGACUACGGUCAAAAUAACCCCAACCCCCCUUUCUUCUUCUUCUUCUUCCGUGUGUAUGAUCUAUUUCUUCUUCUGUAUAUCUUUCAAAAAUCUUGUUGUAAUAUUUCCACCCCCCACCCCACCACACACAAGCAACCCUACUGCUGGCUCUCUCUUUCUUUCUUUUUUACCUUCUUUGUUGUUCUGGUACAUAUACAUUAUUCCCCCACUCAAGGCACACUCUAUUAAAGCACACACACACACACACUGCUCGGUCUAUCUCAUACCUUGACUUGUUCAACGGAUUGGGUGGGGGGGGAAUGUCACAUGCAGGGGGGACAGCCUUUUUAUGAUAAGUUGGUAAAAAAGGGGGAUUUCAUAAUUUGACAACUUUACGCCUGUCAAAAAAAAAAAAUAUAAUUUAGUGCGAAAUAAAUACAUGAGGCGGCGAGAGAGAGAGAGAGAAAGAGAAAAGCUGCGCCCCUUCAAGUAAGGAGCAUGAAAUUUAGGAGGAGGGUGGGUUUUGAUUGCUGUGCUUCUAUGUUGUUUUGUUGUUGUUGUUGCUGGUGUGAUCAUUCGGAAAGGGACCAGCCCGG